GUGUAUUCCCCGGGCCACCGACAUUACCAAAACUACUGUCCCUGCUAUGAAAAUCACGUUUCCUGAGUAUAGCUCGAAGGUACCCCUGGGAUGGAUCCCGCUCGUUCACCCAGAAGGUUCUCGCUACUUUCUAAACGAAGAAAAAAGAACAUUCACAGAAAUGAAUAUUUGUGAUGAACAAAUACACGGGCGCAUCGAAUACCACAUGAAAUACUUACUGAGUGGGCUCGAGUUGUUAGUCGAGCAGGAGGAACUUGAUCUCGACAUGAUGCAAGUGGACCUUGUGCUUGAGCUAAAAGACAGCGACAAGUCUGAUGGUUCUGUCGUUUGUUGCUAUUAUUUCGUCAACCACCGUGGCAGGUGCCUCUUUUGGUUGGUGGAGUUUAAUGUCAAAGAUAUUCUAGAGAAUUGUAAAGGCGUCAAGAGUCUUUCACAUAUACGACUUGCCAUUCAGGCACAAUACUGGUUUACAUGCAAGUUAUCUAACAAACAACGUAGGCUACACUGGACAUACUUCCCUAGCCUGUGCCCAGUUUCACAAGAUCAUGUCAAUGAUGUUAAGGAUAUGUUGAUACAUGCGAUGUGUGAUCACAUAACAUCGAAGCAGUCUUCUGCACUAGGUGAUGUCAUCGAACUCAAGGACUACAUUUCUGUGGUAGACGGAAUCAAGAGUGAAAAUCAAUUUAUCAAUUUUCAUGGGGAGAAUUGCGUGAGACUGGAAUCCGGACAGACAGUCCAUGGAUGGGAAUACAAGCCAUCACUGUUGAUGAUCGUGGUCGCACCCCUACUUUUCUUGGACCCCGUAACUCAAGUCCAAAAACUGCACAGGGUUUUUGUAGACGAAAUUGCUUCCACGGCACGGUGGAAUGCACUCAGUUCAAAAUUGAAAGGGCAGCUUCAGGACUCCAAUCUCUUGGCCACUGUCUUGCUCAAUGUUAAUGUUGGGUUUCUCGCUAUCAACACUGUUGAUAGGGGCGGAAGAUCUGCCAUUCAGAUGGCAAGCUACCUGUCCCUGGUCACAAGUGUGGGAAGCAUUGUUCUCGGCAUCUUCUUGGUCUGGCAUGAAAAAACGUCUGGAGACAAUACGGCCUAUGAAGCAGUAUUAUUUGCAUCAAGACUUCACGACCAAAAGCACGGACUGGAAAAGCUGGCCAUAAUUUACAGCGUCCCCAAGGCGUUGCUCAUGUGGGGGAUGCUCUUCUUCUUUGUGGCAUUCUCGAUCGAUUGGUGCGGUGCCGGGGAUACAACUUCCAGAGCCGUAGUUGGUACUGUGAUAUCGAUCGUAUUCGUGAUGAUAUCAAACGGCAUCAUUCGCAUCAGGGAAGGAGAACGCUGGUGGUGGCGCACCGUUGGCCAGCAACUAUCGUCCCUACCAGCUCACACUUGGAAACAUAUCAUGAGGUUCGCGGAGAUGACAAGAGGUCAAAGAUGCGAGCCUCAACCCGAUCCUGAAGACAUCAGCCUUCACACAGGCCUCUCGCAAGCAAACGUCGAGGCGGAUGCUUCAAUGCACAGGAUAUCGAUAUCUCACUUGACACCUUCACGCGAUCACCAACUAGAAAUACCAGGCGUGAACGGUCAUGAAGAUCAUCCUAACUCUUCUAUCCCUCCAACUUGGUCACGCCAGCCCACCGCCUUUGUGGAUUCACCUCUGAAAACACAAGGCAGCAAUCCCACGCAGCAACUCGGAGAUUAUAUCCAGACCGUAUCCCAAGAUCGGUCUACUGCAGUGGCUCACUGCGAAUCUGAUGCUAUCCCAUUGGGACAUGUCACUGCUCCCUCAUGUUCCGCGGCAGAAGGGAUAGUUGAGACAGCGGUCAAAACAAAAGACUUGCAUUCUUAUGCUCUCUCAACCACGGCCACCAUGCUGUCCAGGACUGAAGGACGAACAUCAAUAGAAAUAGAAGCCAAUGACGCGGGCGCCGCAAUAUCGCCUAGUUCACAUUACACAGAACACAUGGAGAGUGCGAGAUACACAGAUAACGUCGUCGAAGAGCCCGAGGAACUCGACUAUCCUCGACCUUCGUCGAGCACAAUGCCUCCUCCCAAGAUCGUUGCUAGAAGCGCCACCAAUGGAUCUUUCCGCCAUGCGCCGGUGGCUGCUAAGUGGACGCUACAAGGUAGUCACGACAUAGAAGAGUACAAGGACUAGGAGUUAAUAGCUCUGACUUUGGCAGUCAUGGCAUAUGAUGAGAGGAAAAUUACUGGGCUGGGCACGCUUGGUGGCCAUCGCCAGUCGGAACUAUAUGUUAAGUUACUGUAGCGACUAGACUUACGAUUCGCGAUCGGAUAUGUGUUGAUCAUUCAGUAUCUAUCAUUUGCGCUGCACCGC